GGACAGGGUUGCCGUCCCUGUUUGUCCCAUGGUCAAUUUUUUAGCGGAUUUUAGAUACUGUUAUCCAGUAGAAUAUACUUGGAAAAGAGAGUUUGGGCUUGAAGUAAGGCAUAAGAAGCUGACAGAAGGUGCAGUGCCUAGCAUUCAGAAACAUGAAAAAUCAAGGCCUACUAGAGCUGAAUAUUACAUGGGUCCACAAACAAGAUCAAGUGAGCCCACUUCUGCACCCAGCAAGUCAGUAUCAACCAAUAACAGUACAGUGACAACACCUUGCAUCAGUGGACCCAUCACAGUUCCAAGCAGAUCGCCAUAUCAUACACGUACAAGGGUUACAUCAAGUGAUUUCAUGAUGGGAAGACGAGGUGGAGGCUCGCCAGGAAGCUAUGGCCUGAGGCGUCGGGGGUCAGAACCAGUCUCUGGUAUAGAAUUGAUGAUGGAAUGCUAUGAUGACGCCUUGACACCCAGCCAGGUUAUAGCAAGCAAGCGAGCCAGAGAUGAAUACAGAAAGGCAAUAAGAAUGAUUGAAGCAGCAAAGGCAGGCAAACUGAUUGGUCCUGAAGGACAGACUCUUCCAACAGAGCCACAAGCAGUGAAGGUUGUGAAUGACACAGGCUGCUCCCCAGAUAUAAUUAUUGUUGGUGAAACUCCACCUUCACAUACAAAAGCCAGAAAACGUCUUCAGAUUUCCCCGGUGUCAUCACCUACAACUCCAGCAGCACCACCACCACCACCGCCACCACCAAUAUCUCUGUCAGCUCAGCUCCCACCACCACCAUCUUUGCAGCAUGUAGGUCCUGCUUUGCCACAAACACAAACCAGACCACAGAUGUUAGCUGCCAAUUCUCACCUUGUUGGCCCAGUUAUCCCAGCUGGGGCUAUUCCCCAGCAGGUGUUUAGGUUUGUCAAUUACGGGCAGACAGCUGGUGCAAAUGUCCCUCAAAAUAACCAGUGGGUUUUACGUCCAAUUAUGCCUGUUAUGCCUCAGCAAGUUCAGAAGGGACCCUUACCUCCUGUACAACAAGCGAGUCCUCCGGCAUCAGCACAAAUGCCUUGUAUAGUGUCUGGUACCUCAGGUCUGGGCAUUAAGCGACCCCCAGAUAUGCCAGAUUCUCCAUCUCCACCAGCUAAGAGACAGAGGAAGCGAACACAUACAGAGACUGAUGGCAGUGGUAAUUGGGUGCCACUAGAUGAAUAUUACUAUGGCAAGAUGGAGGGUGAUCCCACAUACUCAGAGGAAAAGGGAGAGCAUCGCUUCAAGUGCUGGGUGUGCACAAAAAUGCUGUACAACAACAUCAAGGCCAUGAUGCAUCUUCAGGGACACAUUGACAGUGAGAAACAGCAGACCCUAGACUUGAGUGACCUCACACAAUGUCGUCACUGCUACAAGCAGUUUGACACACCUUUUGAAAUGCAGACACACAUUGAAAAGGUUCACAUGAACAAUGUGAAUGUGCUCAUGUGCCGUAUAUGUGAGAAGGACCACGAGACUCGUAGUGCACUCACUACCCACAUGAGGCAGAAUCACUGUGCUUGUGAAAUGCCUUAUGUCUGUCAGCUUUGCAACUUCCGUUCAUCCAUGUACAGUGAUGUCGUUGAUCACUUCAAAAAGAAACAUGACAGCUCCGAUAACCUUCUUUGCCUAUACUGCCUGCGUGUUUUCCGCGUCAAGUUUGUGUCACAAGGAUGGGGUCAGACACAAGUCUACUACCAUCAUCUCCUGAGGCACCAGUCAAAGACCAACAACCGCAAGUGUACUUUCUGCAAGCUUUCUUUCUUCAGUCCCCAGGACCUCAAGACCCAUCGUAAAAUGCACCACCUGCCAAACCAGAAGGGAAUUAUUGGUGCUAAUGCCAAAUACAGUGCAACUGACCUGGUAAUGAUCAAAGUACCAGAGUCAGGCCUUCAGCCAAAGAAAUCUUCCAUGCUCAAGUCUCUCAAUGCCCCAGCUGUAUCCAAGGUGACAGAGCAUAGAGGUUUGCGGAUGCCUCCACAGAUAAGCACAGUGUACUGCUUUGAGUGCAAAAUGCUCAUGAGCACACCAGAUCACUACAAGAAGUACAUCCAGUGUUCAAUGUGCCGAUUUGCAACCAGCUGCAGUUUCGCAUAUGCUGCUCACAUGAUGAGCUUCCAUUCUGGGCAAAGCACAUCUGUUGCAGAUAAUGUUCCUUGGGAGCGCUUCUUGCAGAGUCCACUAUUCUGUGCAUGUGGUUUUGCCAGCAGAUAUGGCAAUAAAAUUGCCAACCACUUAGUGUUUUGCUCCAAGAGGACAUGUUCAGUGGUCAAGCCAGAGAUCCUUGCUUUAGACAAGCAGAGUGAAGUAGAGGAGCAGAAAGACCCACGACAUAAGCCAGAUGCUUCUAUACUUGAUGUGCUGGGACUGGUCAAGAAACAGUGCAUUUCAUCAUCAUCGUCAUCAUCAUCAGCAGAAGGCGAGGAACCUGCUAAUAGGGAGGAUAUAGCAGAAGAACAGCAGGACAGGGAUGCUGUAAAUGUAAAGAUACGUACCAUUCGCAGACAGAGGCGAGACCCCGGAAGAAAUGGAUUUGGGCCUGCAUCAUCCAAGGGCCCUCAAGUAAAGGAGCAAAUGAUGCUUUUCCCAGCUGAACAAGACAGUGAUAUCACAAACUCAGACAGUGUCUCUCAUCAGGAGCAGCACGGGGAAUCUUCAGUCUCGAUCCCUGGACAGGAUCAGUUGCAGCAGCCUAAUGCAUCUAGCAAAACAACAGACAACAGAGAAGUCUGCUGCUCUCCUCAGAGGGUAGAUCACAAGGAUGAACCCACUGCCUGCAAGUCAUCUCCAGGAGGUAUAGAGGAGGAGGAAGUGCUGACAUCAAGAAAGUGUGAUGGCGAUGACCCAGCAACUGAGAUAUCUUCUGAGACACUGUCUGUUGCUGGCAAAAGUGGACGUGGUAGCCAUGUAGAGGACAGCAUAGAGGACGACCAUGGUGAGGGCACAACCAGAGACGGUGACGUCAAGGGCGAGGCUUCUGAUGAGGAAAUAAAGUGGGAUGAAAGUGAUGACGAAGUGUCUAUUCUCUCUGAUGCCCAUGAAGUGGGCAGCAAGACAGAUGACCAGAAACUAAAGCAGGGAAACAGUGAUGCUGAACCUUUACUCCAGACACCCCAGACAGAUGAUGAAGAUAUAGACUUUGUGCAGGAGCAAAACUCAAACUCCAGUGAUAAUGCAGAACUCCAACCUGAAGUCCAAGAUGGAAGCAAAGCCAUGGAAGGUGAAUGCAGUGAGCUAAGUAUGGGUGAUAGUUCUCAGGAAGAGGAGUCAUGUGAAAAAGAUGAUGAGCAAUCAUUUUUGGAAACUGUGGCAAAUCAAGAUGGUCAGAACACAGCAAAAGAUCAGGGAAUGAUGGACCAAACAGAGAUGAAAAUAGAAGAAGUUGACAGCUAUAGUCAUCAGUCACAGCAUGAGACUGAGCAUUUUCAGGAAAAGCUAUCUGCAACAGAGAAGUCACCUUGCACAGAGGACACCAGUGACCAGGAGAAACCCUGCACAACAGAUAACCAGAGUAAAAAAAGCCAUUGGGAAGAUAAGGAGACAGACAUUUCACAGGAGGGUGGCUCAUUGUCUGGACUUGCUGAUGAGGCCAGUUCACUAGAGGAUGUCCCAUUGGCCUCUGGUAAAGCAGAGGAAGAGGAGGGAGACCAAAAGGAAAAUAUCAGUCUGGAGGAACUUCAGGGUUCACACUGGAGUGAAAAUGUAGUCGAAACUGUCAAAUCACAUGAUACCAGUAAAGACUGUGGUGAUAGGGUGGAAGAAGCAAAACCCAGUGACAACACACAGGAUAACCAACCCACCAGCGUGUACAGGCUGGAUACUAAGGAAGAGAGUUCAGAACUUGACAAGAGCAGAAUUCUGGAAGCAGAAGAAGCAUCCAAGGAACGAUCUUCUGAAACCCAGUCUUAUCCUCAUUGUGAAAGCCACCACACACAUGAGCGACACUUCUCUCGGGAAUCUGAUGGGCGUGAGAGGUCUCAUGAUCGUUGGAGAGACCAUCAGAGUAUGCAUGCUGAUCGCAGAGACAGGGAUCGGGAUACUGGUGGUAAUUAUGGACGUGAUCGAUAUGAUCGUGACCGCAGCUAUGAUCGCCAGCAGUAUCCAGACUGGCAACGGGAUCGCCAUUAUGAUCAGAGGUACGAUAGCCACCGUGGCCGCAACCAUUAUCAGCAUGGUGGAUAUCAACAUCGUGAUCGAAAUCAUGACCAUAAUCGCUAUAGGGGUCAUGGGAAUCAAGGUCGCCAUAGCUACCAAGACCAUAGUCACCGCAGGUACUACUAGGGAAAACAGAAGUUGUGGAGAUUUUGAUCACAUCAGAAGACUGCAUUGUGAAAGGAUUCUGAGAGCAUCUUUGCAUAGAGCGACAAUAAUUUUGUCCGGCUCUUGUUGCAGAUGUGAUGUGGUAUGGAGUGCGAUGUUUCAUUAGGAAGUGUAAAACUAAGGUUAAAAAUGUCAUCAGCAAGAUCUUCAACUUAAAAUAUUUGAAUGAGGGACUACAAAUUAUCUCCUGGAACCUGGCCAUAUGGUUUUAUUGUGUUAUUUGAUGCCCUGCAUGCUAAGGGUGUGUUAAUUAUUUACAGGGCAGCAAAGAAUUGGCAUGUGCUCAUCUCUUCAGCAUGUCAAGUCAUGAAAGUUUUUGCUUGUCAGAUUUUAGAAAAUUUUUAAUAUCAAAUUUUUGAAAGUUUUAAAUAUCAAAUGCUAUCAUAUAGUUUCAAAAGAGGGAGGGGCAGGGCAAGCAGACAGAAUGUGUGUCAGUUCAACAGUUUGUUGUGCUUUAUGUACAACAGGCUGUCAUUUUUGCCAUAAUGGCAAGUAGAUCAAAAUACAGCAUAGGUUCUUGUCAGCAUGUCAUUACUUUGGAAGUGUGAUAAAGUCUCUUACAAGGUGCAAAUAUUCAAUGUCUCAUGAUGCAUAAUUGUAUAGAAAGGCUGUUUCCCUUCUGUUUCUUGUCCAUUUACUGGUUUUCUGGAUUGCUGGCUGUGAAAGACAGGGACAUUUGGGGAUAUCAUCUACCCAGUGAGGGUAGGUGGAGAUGAAGCAGCACAGGAAAUAAAGCUAUUCCAUUAUCAACAUGUGAACAAUUCCUUCCUCAUUCCCUGCAGAUUAUAUGUUCAGGGACUUGUGAAAGGAAGAUGGUGUGUACAUUUCUAAAAGGAAAAAAACAAACUCUUUAUACACUGUAUGCAUUUGACACCCUUAUAAGAAAGGUAUGAAUUACCAGUGCAUUUUGUAGCAUGUUGUAUGAUGGGGUUGGGUUAAUUUUCAUGGGGGAUUAUGUUGCCUAUGUUAGAUCUUAUCCAUUUUAAAGCUGAUCAGCACCAUGUUCUGAGUUAAUACAGUGGUACCUCGGCACUCAGAUUGCUCCAUGCUAAAACAUUUUGAUCUUCAAUCAAUCAUUUUUAGUUUUGGUGCUUGCUUAGCACUCAACCAUGGUGCUAAAACCUGUACGAGGUACCAUGCAAACAAACAGGAAAGCUUUACUUUGCUUAUCAAUUACAACCUGUCCUGAUGUU